UCCACACCAAGAAGAAUGUUCUCAUUGAAGUCAAUCCCCAAACCAGAAUCCCAAGAACUUUUGAUCGAUUCUGUGGUCUUAUGGCUGCUGCAUAAGCUCAGUGUUAGAGCAGCUGACGGGCCUCAGAAACUGCUGAAGGUGAUUAAAAACCCAGUGACUGACCAUCUGCCUGUGGGCUGUAUGAAGAUUGGCACCUCUUUUGCAGCAUCACAGGUGUCAGAUCUGCGUGAGCUGGUUCCUGCAGCAGAUCCAGUUGUCAUCGUGGUGGGAGCCUUUGCCCACGGCUUGGUCAAUGUUGACUAUACAGAAAAGAUGGUCUCCAUCAGCAACUAUCCACUUUCUGCUGCCCUGACGUGUGCUAAAAUUACUACUGCCUUUGAGGAAGUGUGGGGAAUAGUAUGAGCUUCUGCUGCUACCGCUGUCAUGACGGACUUGUAUACAGUGACUUCACAUUCUGGAAGGGCUCUUUGACUUGGGUGUGGACCUGGUGCAUCUUUGGGCUCCUGGAAAACAAUUCAACUUUGUCCUUGUAGCUUCUGAAGCAAUGAGACUUUAAACAGACUGCCCCACUGACCCUUUUUCCUCCUAUUAAAGGUACCUUUUUUGAGUAAAAAGCGUUCGUGAAUUUUACUUUCUCAUUUUUCAUAUGUGGGCAGGCUGGAACCCCUUAUAGCAGGGACUUGGCCCAAAUUUGUCACACAGAAGUGUAAUUCUUAGCUAUGCCCUGCUCACCCUGGUGUCACUCGGUCCUGUAGAAUCGCCUUGCUCGGCGGCAUGUGACAGUUCACACUCCCACACCGAGGCACCCAAGACGAAAGGAGCUGAAGCUGAUGUUAAAA